ACGGAGAACUUUUUGUCAUCGCUCUUUUUGAAAGUUUGCCUCGUAUUCUUUGGAAGGCCCGACCCAAGUCUGCUGCGGUAUCACGUGUCGUCUAAGUCCACUACCGCCAUAAGCCGAUCUACCACUUUCGCAUAACAGACUCACACCCAGCGUUGGCGUCCCGCUUUUUUCUCCCUUGACGCUUAACCUGUGACAAAAUCUAAGGUCGCCAGAAAGCAGACACCAUAUCUCGAAGCCUUUCCAGUCAGCUUGCGCAGCCAACAAAUCCAGCUGACCCCUCACAUCCCACACCGGCACCAUGCAUUUCCUAUCGCUUUGGAUCAUUUUGGUAUCGCUAGCCGCCCGCGUCCUGGGUGACGUCUCCAUAACGUCCCCGUCCACAGAUCAGACAUAUUCUGGCUCCAGUGGCUCCGCCUCGGUAUCUGUCGUUUGGACCGAUGACUCGGAUGAUGAUGCCGACGCUUCACUUUCCAACGUGGAUCUGUACGCCAUCGUUUUAUGCACGGGAUCAAACAGUGAUAUUCAGAGUGUCAUGACUUUGACCGACAGCCUUUCUUCCUCUGCGCUCGAGUACGAUGCUGUCAUUGACGAGGCCGACGUGCCCAGUGGUGUUUACUUUAUUCAGGUGUACGCUAAAUUCGGCUCCGGAUACACCAUUCACUACUCAAAUAGAUUCACGUUGACUGGCAUGUCUGGAUCCACGUCCACGUAUACAUUUAGCGCGUCGCUUUUCUCGAUAACGGGUACACACCCGGGUGCACAACUGAACCUUGACGGCGAAACUACCCUGAUUGAUUCUAGGUCGUUUUCUGUCACUUACACGCUACAAACAGGCAAGACUAGAUACGCGCCGAUGCAAACGCAGCCAGGCUCGUCGAUCUCGCACUCGGUUUACUCGACUAGACACGCCACGUCCGCAUACACACCGUACUCGACCAUCAGGGCGUCGCCAAACGUGUACUCGACCGUCACGCCAGGUUGGAGCUAUGCGGUCACUUCGACUUUCAAUACCGCUGCGGUCGCCGAAUACCCGACGUACUACUACCCCGCAUCAUCCAGGGUGGUUUCCGCGUCAUUGUCCUCUGCCAACAAGAAGCGGUGGCUUUAGAACUUCAUCUGUACACCAAUAUCAAAGAUUUGUAUGAAAAACCCAAGAAGCUGAUGUGGAGUCAGAUUAAGCGCUUCUACGUGUUAUGUUGAAUUAAGGUCUGUGAAGAAAAGCUCGUUGCAUUUUGUGGUGCAGGGGUGAUGCUGUUGUAGACAUCGCUAGAUGAAUUCUAAAGUUUCGAUUUCGGUGGGCAGUAGCGUGCAGCGAUCUUAGCUUCUAGCCUUAGUUAUAUUUCCGCAAAGCAAUUGAGACGCCCAUUUGUUAUCCUUGGCAUAGCUCUGUGGUCCGACGAGUUUUUAUCUGUGGAGAUAGUAUUUUCGGGUGUAAUUGAUGAAGUUGGCGAAAUUGUUGCAGAGACGAAGUUUUAGGAGU